GCUUGCUCGCCGCCGAGCCCCAGCACUUCAGUGAUGGCGGGAGGCUUCCACGCUAUUCGCUACCGCGUGGGAGGUGUGGCUUUGUGGCACGAGCGCUUAGUGCUCGGGGUCUCGGCGGGGUUCGCGUAUGUCGUCACGCCCGACUUCGACGACUACGAUGAGCCGAUCGUGGUGGGGCCCGACGUGCGGGCCGUGCUGCCGCUGGCUGGACAGGGCGACACGCCUGCUGCGCUGGUCGGCGCCGCAGUGCAUCGAUUCAGACGCUUGCCGACGGCCGCGGAGCUGUGGGCUGCCGUGGGUCGCUCCGUGGCCGCGGGGUACCCGAUGCCAGCGGACCCUCUUCUUCUGGCUCUCGCGGCGGGCAACGCUGCAGGCGCGCCUCCAGGGCCCUUCCCGCUGGCGGACCCAGCAGCUGCGGCCGCCGCCGCGCCUGCGCCGCCUCUCGCCCUACCACCUGCGGAUGGUCCUGCUGCUCCCGUCCCGCCGGGGGCCGCCCCUGGAGUCGCGGCGCUGGCCGCCGCUCUGGGACCCGUGCCACCUGGCCCUGCCGCGGCGCCGCCGCUGGCGCCUGUGCCUGGAGCUGCGGCUGGUGGCGCUCUCGCGGUCGAUGCUCUUCCCGUUCCUGCUGGCGACUUCAGGGUGCUGCCGAUGGCGAUCAACCAGCGGGGCGAGCGCGAGCGGAGGUUCGGCGAGACGGUGAACGGCCUCUCAGAGACCGAGGUGGUGGGCUGGCCGAUCCAGGGCCCGCGUACUCUUCUCUGGUGCUUGUCCUUUAUGUCAACCAUGGCGGGGACGCCCACCGCGUGGCAUCAGCGGUGGCUCACGGCCAUGGCCCUGGCCGACGACGACGAGUACGCCAAGCUCCAUGAGACUCUCUGUCGGGUCUUAGACCUCGCCGUGGUCUACGACCAACUGCAGGUGGCGGAGAUGGCGUCCUUCGAGGUCGUCGCGCGUCAGCUUCAGCUGCUGGAGGAACGGGUGUACGAGUCUCGCUCGGCGCCCCCGACGGCUGCCGCGCCCAAGGCCAAGUCUGGAGCCAGGAGCGCCGCGACGGCCACCGCCGUCAGCAUGGCCGAGACGAGCUACUUCUUGGGCGCGGGGGUCUCCAAGGCCAACUUGUGCAUCUCUCCGAAGCUGCUCGAAUACAUCGCAGAUCAGAUGAAGGCGGAGGCCGCCAUCAGCAAAGAACGACGCAAGGCAGCCCUGGUAGAGUUGCUCGCGUCGGCGCCCGGAUACUCUGGUGAGUCUCGGGUGAGACCCUACGACAAGGAGCUCGUCUCCUGGCCGAAGCACGUGGCUGGCAUGCUAGAGUGGGAGGUCGCCGAACGUCAGGCGCCCUACUCCACAGCCCUAACCACAGCCAUGCGCGACUCGGGGAUCGACGAUGAUGCGAUGCUGGUAGACGGUUCAGCACCCCGUCCUCUGCGAGACCAUGGCGACAUCAUCGCAGCUGGCUACGUGGAUAACUUCGCCACCGUCUCACUCAGUCCAGACGUUGCCACCGCUUCGUGCCAGGCCAUUCGAGACGUGCUGGUUGCGAGGGGCUUACCUGUUGAAGAGUUCGCCCCCGCGGCGCAACGCGUCACCUUCACUGGCCUCGACAUCCUGGGCGACGUCGGCGUCGUCAGGUGCAAGGUGGACCGGUUGUCUCGGUUGCGCCAGGCCCUACUUGGGCUACUCAGACGUGGCUUCGCAUCUCCGCUUGCGUUCUCCGCCGUGGUCGGGCACUGCACCUGGGGGAUGAUCACCAACAGGCCCAUGCUCUCCAUCUUCCACGCAGUCUACCGCUUCAUGGGUCAGGACUCACGGCGGGCUUUGCCGCUGUGGCCGUCAGUCGUCUCUGAGCUCCGUGCCGCUGCUUCCCUCAUCCCGUUGUGGUGGGCUGAUGUCAGGGCUGAGUGGGCGGCCACCACCUUUUGCAGCGACGCCUCUCCAUACGGCAUUGGCGUGUGUCGCAAGUUCGUGGAACAAGAGGUCGUUGCUGCCGCAGGUCGACGGUCUGAGAAAUGGCGCUACCAUUUCUCCGAUGCCGUGCACGCCCGCGCCCACGCUCUGGGAGUCGACCCGAACGUCGUGUUGGAAGCUGCCGUGAGCAAAAGAGGCCUCAAAGACUGCGAGCAGUGCCCGAGGGACGUUCUGGUGCCCGAGGGCUUCGCGAUCCACUACGACGCCUCUGUGCUCUGUCCGCAGCUUGCGGCAUUCGCCACGCUGUGCGAUGGAUCCCUAGCGAGAGCAAUGCCGCAGACUCGCCGUCGAGGACAGGUUUCUUUGUCGGGCCGACCUUCGAGGAGCACCAAGCGGCUGCACCCCGAGUUUCGGCGCCAGCGAGCCACGACCGUGACGAAGCAGAGGACCAAGACGCAUCCAGGACCACAACGGCUCGGGCGGGGUGCGCUCUCGGUCCUCGAGUCAGCUGCCGUGUCGGACACAACCAUGGCCAACUACUGGGGCGCCGCCAAGAAGUUCGAGGUGUGGUGCCGCUGGACGUCCCAGACCUUCACCACGGCGGCGGAGGUCGAUGUCAUCCUAGUUACCUACUUCGUGAACCUCUUUCUGGACGGCUUCGACAGUGCUACGGGCCGAGUCCUGCUCGCCUCCUUGAAGCACUACCUGCCUUCGAUCCUGGUGGGCAGGACGCCGUGCCCGCGUGCAGCUCGCGCCUUGACAGGCUGGCGGAAGCUCGUGCCCCCGCAGAUGCGACUACCCCUUCCACGGGCGGCGAUGGCCUCCAUCGUGGGCGUCCUCAUCUCGUGGAAGCUCUUCGGCAUGGCAGUGUUCGUCAGGCUGAUGUUCGACACCUACCUGAGGCCCAGCGAGGCCUAUCGGCUAACAGCGGGCAGCGUUAUUCGACCAAGACCCGAUGCCGCCCGCGGGUACGGACAUUGGGCCCUGAUCGUCAACGACGCCUGCCUCGAUCGUCCUGGGAAGACAGGGGAGAUGGACGAGAGCGUGAUCGUCGACAACCCGACGCUCUGGCCCCUUCUCGACGCGCUGGUGCUGGGCAAGAAGACGAGCGACGGCCUCUGGACCUUCGCCCCCGACGAGGUGCGGAGCAUGUUCCGUCGUGCUGCCGCUGCGCUCGGGUUGGAGGCCGAGAUGACGCUCUACUCCCUUCGGCAUGGGGGUGCGUCCGACGACCUCCUGUCUCUCCGACGCACCAGGAAGGAGGUCAAGGACCGCGGCCGAUGGAGGACGGACCAGAGCCUCCUCCGCUAUGCCAAGAGGGCUCGUAUGCAGCAGCGGAUCGCCUCCCUAGGCCAGAACCUGAUCGACUUCGGGCACGCGGUCGACUCGGAGAUGAACGAUCUCAUUCUGCAGACCACCUCCUCAGGCGUCUUCCCGCUGCAAGUGCCGCUUGCCGUGGCGCCGACACCGCCAGCGGUCAGGCCUCCGCCCCCGCGAGUGACAGCGCGGUGGGCCUUCGCCUGA